AUGUCUACCUCUGCGCCCUCAGGCGAGCCCCGGCCCAUUGUAUUCUCUGGGCCCUCGGGCACUGGCAAAAGUACUCUGAUAAAGCGACUGUUCGCGAAACAUCCCGACCUCUUCGGCUUCAGUGUCUCACAUACCACUCGAAAGCCCCGACCAGGCGAGGAGGAUGGCGUCCACUACCACUUCAUAACCCCCGAAAAGUUCGAGUCAAUGAUUGCAGACAAUGCAUUUGAGGAACAUGCGAAAUUUGGAGGGAACUACUACGGCUCCUCGAAGAAGGCUGUUCAAGACGUCGCCGAAGGGAAAGGCAAGAGCAUUGAUGGCAGCACAGCUCCCGGCAAGAGAAUAUGUAUCUUUGACAUCGAGAUGGAAGGCGUCAAGCAGUUGAAGAAGAGCCAGUUGAACCCAAGGAUAUGCUUUAUUCAACCGCCCAGUAUUGAGGUUCUGGAGCAGAGACUUCGAGGCCGCGGCGAUACGACCGACGAUGCAAUCCAAAAGCGUCUAGCUCAGGCCAGACAUGAGAUCGAGUAUUGUAAGACCGAGGGCAAAAACGACAAGGUCAUCAUCAACGACGAUCUGGAUGCCACGUUCCAGGAACUUGACGAAUGGGUGAUGAAAGAACUUGGUACAGAAGCCUCGAGGUGA